GAAUGAGAGUUGUAAUCCACAAGGGAAUCCCCGUCUGUUUACUGGACUAAGUGAAUACUUUGCACAACCUUAAAGAACGGCAUUGCUUUGUCUAAAAAGGGAACGAUCAGGCAAAGGGAAAUGCUACGACAUAUUUUGCUCUGCGAAGCUAAAGAUGCCUUGUGUAAAGCGUGUUUUGUCAGAUGCGUCAAGUUCAUGCUCAUUUCCCCUGUGUUGCUGAAAGGCUAUGUAUAAAAUCCAUGAAGUAGAUCAAAAUCACAGCGCUGCUGGACUGUUAUGAAGGUCACAUAUUUAUGAUCCAUAACAGGAUGUCCGUAUUUAAGGGUGGACUCCAUCUUUAGAUGAAACCAUAGCUACUGCAUGGUUUACAAUAGGCUAUGAAGGAGAUGGUUUUUUUCUCAGUUCAUUUUCUUUCACAUCCGUCUGCCUCAUGGUUUAAAUGUCGUCGGGUGCAAGGAGCUUAUUUUCUUUUAAUUUCCACUCACCAUCUAAAAAGUCUAAAAAAAGAUCAUUUUCAAAAGUCACAACAUUAUCCUAACGCAGUGGUCCUGUGUGAGAUGAAAAGAAAAUUGAAUAUGCGAUAUGCAAUAUAAAUAAGAUGCAGUUCAUAUGUAUCUAUAAUCACAAUUCAUUAGACUGUUGCGGUGUGGUGUAGUUAGAAGCCUUGCUUUAGUACCAGAGUUAAUAUGGCCUCUUUAUCACCUGUCAAUUUAUUGUAAACGAUGAUUACUGCUCUUUUCUUUGCCGUCUUAAUUUGAAGUCUUAAUCUUCCAUUUUGAACUGUGAGCUCCUCACAGAGUGGGGAAAUGUCCUUGAUUAACGUCAGUUUUUUAUAUUAAUUUUGCUUCUACCACUCGUCAACUUUGUUUUCAAGAAGAUGAUCUUAAUUUAUCAACCGCUGUUGAAUUUGUCGUGCUGCUGCUGCUGCUGGUGCUUUUUGAUACAUGGAAUAUUUCUAGCAGCAAUGUGGUCGUUUUCUAUAAUAAUAAUGAGUAAAUACAGUUGGGACUGUGAGAAACGCACACAACAUCAGUGUCGUUAGGAGUGCCAAUCAUUCGGGGCACAGUUAUAUGCAGUUUUUUUUCUCUUAUAGGGUCAUUAGCUCACAGCCGAUGUGGUUAUGGUACAAAUAAAGCAGUAUUAAUAACUCAUUUUGUCUCGGAUCUUAAAUAUUUUGAAUACAUUUUGAUGUCAAUAUCUUCUUAUACUUGAACUAGGAUUAUAUUCUGGUGCAUUUGUCCAAGUUUUAAAUGUAAAUCACAGAGUGCAAAGCCAGAUAAACACCGGUUGUGACACAUCAGGCGGCACAAUAUCGGAUGUAAAGUCUUCGUUGCCUAUUUGGGUAACAUUUUAAUAACUUGAGCCAUUCUGCGCUAACGGUAACCACGUCAAUAUGUGAAGCCUUGUGCACCGUGAAAAAGGGGAAGUGAUCUUCAGAAAGGAAAUCGUCAGAUGAUCUCUUGAAUGCAGAUUUACAGCGUGGUAGGCAAAAGCUUUGCAACCACACAGUCACAGGAACACAGCAGCGCUGAAAAACAAACACACCCACAUGUAAGUGAAACUAGAGGAGGCACAUAAGACACACAGGAGGCAAUGUUAUGGACUAAAAAAAAGAGCCGCUUCAGAAAUAAUAUACACGAACCUGUGAAAGAAAAGCAGCAAUUCAGAAGGUAAAUGAGCAUCUGAGGACAGAAAGCCUUAUCUCUGAAGGACUCGCCAUUGUGUGCAGCCGACUGUUAUGUUUUGAUCACAUUUUUAAAGAAGAAGACAAUCUGGAGCAGGAAGACUUACUUGUGAUCACUGGAGCAAGAGGCCAUGAUGGAGAAGUCAGAGAUGUUUGGCUUCUCUCUGGAGGCAGAUGACCGGACGGAGGAGGAGAAAGCGCGGCAGAAAGCGGCAAGGAAGGGCGGUGUGGCUUCUGCCCUGGGUCUGGGCCAGAAGUCGCCCAAGGCCCCCAUGGACACUGAUUACCUUGAGGAAAUGGAGACGACCAGGCCUCAAAUCAGAUUCAAUCUCAACUUUGACAAAGGGAUUCGAGGCGAGGAGCAGAACAAGAGAGACAGCAAGACGUUGACCAUCGAAAGGUUGUUUGAAGCGGUGGCCAGCGGGGAUGUCAGAAAGCUGGACAACCUGCAUCAGUACCUGCGCCAGAACAUGAAGAAGCUCUCCGACUCCCUGUAUCAGUCCUAUGGUAAAACCGCCCUGAUGAAGGCUCUGCUGCACCUUAAGGACGGCAAGAACGAGACGGUGGAGCUCUUAAUCGACAUUUCAGAGAAGACGGGCGACCUUAAGGAGUUUGUGAAUGCAGCCUACACCAACAGCUACUACAAAGGCCAGACAGCUCUCCACAUUGCCAUUGAGAGGAGAAGUAUUUCCUAUGUGAAGCUGCUGGUCAGUAAAGGAGCAGAUGUCUAUGCCAAAGCCUGCGGGGUAUUCUUCCAGCCACACGAUGGCCCCAACUUCUAUUUUGGUGAGCUGCCUCUGUCUCUGGCAGCCUGCACCAACCAACCCACCGUGGUGGACUUCCUCAUGGAAAACGAGUACCAGCGAGCGGACGCUAAGAUGACGGACUCUCACGGCAACACGGUGCUGCACGCCCUGGUGAUGGUGGCUGCCAAAUCCAAGGAUAUGGACAAGGAUAACACAGAGUUCAUUACCCAAAUGUACGACCGCAUCCUCAACACCACCGCCCAACUGCACCCAAAGCUGAAGCUGGAGGACAUCGUGAACCUCAAGGGGCUGACGCCUCUCAAAAUGGCUGCCAAGACUGGCAAGAUCGGGCUUUUUGCACACAUCCUGAAACGGGAAUUCCACGAGUGUCACACUAAGCAUCUAUCCCGUAAGUUCACCGAGUGGGUUUACGGCCCCGUACACAGCUCCCUUUACGACCUGGCCUCGGUGGACUCUUUGGAGGACAACUCAGUCAUGGAGAUACUGGUCUACGGCAGUGACAUUCCUAACCGCCACGAGAUGCUCCAGAUGGAGCCUCUGAGCCACCUGCUGGAGGAGAAGUGGAAGAAGUUUGCAGGUCAGAUGUUUUUUCUCAACUUCCUGGUCUACCUCCUGUACCUGAUCAUCUUCACUCUUGUCGCCUACAAUAAGAAAUCUGGAAAGCUGCCGUAUCCCCUCAAACACACCAUAAAGGGUUACCUGUAUGUUUCAGGCCAGCUAAUGAUAUCGGUGGCAAACUGCUAUUUCUUUCUCAUAGGGAUCUUAGAGCUGAAGAGGAAACGGCCGAAGCUGCAGACGUUGCUGAUUGAUGGAUAUUAUGACAUUCUUUUCUUUGUGCAGGGCGUCCUCUUCCUGGUCUCGGCCGGGCUGUAUUUGUUCGGGAUGACGCAGUACCUCGCCUUCCUGGUGCUGUGUCUUGCUCUCAGUUGGGUGAACAUGCUCUACUUCUCCAGGGGCGACAGACACAUGGGCAUCUACAGCAUCAUGAUCCAGAAGAUGAUCCUCAGUGACAUCCUGCGCUUCCUUCUCGUCUACAUCGUCUUCCUCAUUGGAUUCUCAGCAGCGGUGGUCACCCUGCUCAUAGAGCCUAAAGUGAAAAACACCACUGUAAUUCCGACGCCGAAGGGGCGUCUCUAUGGUCCCAUUGAUCCUGGUGAGGAGUGUGUCAAACCCUCCUUCACAAACAUCCCCUACACCAUAAUGCAGCUCUUCAAGUUCACCAUCGGCAUGGGCGACAUGGAGUUCACCCAGAACCACGAGAACACAGAGGUCUUCUACCUGCUCCUCAUCGGCUACAUCGUGCUUACCUACAUCCUGCUGCUCAACAUGCUCAUCGCCCUCAUGAACCGCACCGUGGAGAAGACCACAGUGGAGAGCGCCAGCAUCUGGAAGCUACAGAGGGCCAUCACGAUCUUGGAAAUGGAGAGAAGGCUGUCUUGCUGUCUGAGGAAGAGGUUCCGCUGCGGGGUGGAGAUGAACCUUCGCACCGCUCUUGGAGAUGACCUUCGCCGGUGUUUCAGAGUGGAGGAAGUCAACUGGAACAAAUGGAACAUCAACCUGGGCAAAAUCAAUGAGGAUCCCGGGUGCUGGGAUGGCGCCCAACACCCUGCCUCAGACAGCCCGCCGAUCAGAGCGAACAGAGGGAGGAGCUGGAGAAGCUGGCGGAUGCCGACAACUCAGUCCACAGAGAUGAGUCCUCUGAACAGCUCACCGGUCUGAAGAGACGACGCACGCGGAGCUUCACUGUCCGCUCGGCCUGGCUGACCCGAGCAUCGGGGCAUUCAAACCUAAAGACAUUAUUCAGUUCCCCAAGAAAUGUAACUGUCAAAUGUUUGACCUGCCUUUGUGACUGACAGAUACUCCCAAGUCGGCUUUAUUUUACAUUUUGAAUUGAAAUUUUCUUUGAGGCAAUAUCUUUGUUCCUCUGACUGACAAAACCUUCUCAAAAAAAAUCUGCAUCAAGAGCCGGCUUAAUUGCUAAAUGUUGAACAUUUGCAACACAUUAAACAUGUAAUCCAAA